AUGUCAUGGUCUCAUGGAUAUGGCAAACGCAAGGUACACUGGUCUGUUGAAGCGCGCAUCCUGAAAGUGCGACCGCACCAGUUCCGUGUUCCGCGGAACAUGACGGAACAUGACGGAGCACGGAACAUGGGAGAAUGCGCAGGGUGUAAGGUCCAAGAUAUGGAAGUGACCCCAAGCGUAUUGUAUGAACUCGGCGGGUGA